CGAACACAAUAUAUAGCAAUUUAACUCUUGGAAGAUCAUCAUAACUGCUGUAGUGCUGCUGAGAGUCAGACGGGGCUCAGAACAACUUCAAAAUUUUCGAGAAUGAAGCAGACCCCUCCACCACUUACCGAUGCGAGUUCCUCAUCAUGAGCAGGAAUGCGAGUCAGGUGUCAUCUGACACUCGAAUACCUGACCGGACAACUGGACCACGCUCCGAAGACCCCAGAAAAGCCCCAUUUGCCAAAGAGAGAUACAAACCAAAGAAAAGUUUCGCUGAGUCGGUGAUGAAGUCACCAAGAACAGCUGAGUUACGGUCUGCGGAGGUCCCUACCCAACCCGCUUGUAGAACCCGGAUCGUUAACACGGCAUCGGACUCCGCCCAGCGAGUCCAGAGCCGAAUUGAACACGAUGAGGAGCCUUUCGUGAUGCCACCGUUAAACAUUCCACCACCAAAUAUUGUUCCAACAAGUAUCCCACCACCUAAUAUUGUCCCAACAAGUAUCGCACCACCAAAUAUUGUCCCAAUAAGUAUCCCACCACCUAAUAUUGUCCCAACAAGUAUCGCACCACCAAAUAUUGUCCCAACAAGUAUCCCACCACCUAAUAUUGUCCCAACAAAUAUCGCACCACCAAAUAUUGUCCCAACAAGUAUCCCACCACCAAAUAUUGUCCCAACAAGUAUCCCACCACCAAAUAUUGUCCCAACAAGUAUCCCACCACCUAAUAUCCAACCACCACAAACUCCGCCCCGCAUAAUCCCGCGAGCAACUAUAGCACCAACUAAUUUAUCCGUGCCAACCAGCACCCUAACCCCUAACUUCCCUUCAUCCAGUAUCCCACCCAUUAACUUCCCUUCCCCUUAUUUCCCUUCAACCAGCUUCCCACCCGCAAUCUCACCCCCAAAUAGUCCCCGUCACUUUACUAUGCCACCACCGGAUCUCAUCAAACGCAUUAGCGGAUACGAGUUACCCUCUCCGCAUCUCACGGGCCAUGGGUCGGUACUACGGCCGAGCCAUGAUGCGCUGGACAGACCGAAUGAUUUCACCUCGAUGCCUGAGCCCCCACAGAUGGAUGGGUCGGCGUGGAGGCAUGUUCCUAAUUCGCCAGAAUUAUUGCCCUCACCCCCACCGAGUGCACCGUCCCACCACAUCGUGAUAUACCCAGUUGCACAAGAUCGAGGACCGAUGAGUCACGAUGUGUUUUUUGGGUGCUCCCAACCUUACUGUCAUUAUUGCCAUAAAAACUGGGUUCCCGUUGGUCCCAGCGGCAGCAACUCGUUUGGACCAUUCUCUGAUAGUGUGUGGACGCCACAGCCGGGGGAGAUAGAAGCAUUGUCUGGCAAUGUUCCACCGUGGUCCCCAUCACCGCCUCGCGAGAUGUUCUCGGCUGCCACGGCCCCACCGGUCUUUGCCCAUCCACACUACCGCCCAGAAACAUCGCAAACCUUACAUUGCAGUCCAAUGGUGCCCAGUAUGGCCAAUAUGGCCAUGUCAGGCUCAUCGUCCUUUACAAUAGUUAGACCCCCGAUGCCACCUCCCGGCUUUGGGGAAAGACCGCCUAUUCGCCGUGCCCCGGUCGGAAGCAGUAUCGAUAUAGAGCGCCAGCGCGAUGAAGUGGAUUCGCAGAUCAGACCCGAUGAAUUGGAACACACGUUUACGGAUUUAAACCCUUACGAAUAAGUUUUUAAUUUUUUUUUUAUAACGCGAUGGAGAUCCUCCUGGAUUUCAAACGCCUUGGGGACGAUGGGUGGGUGUGCCGGACCCUUACCGGCUAAAACCACCGCUGUGUUCCUCCACUGCCUGUGGCCGUGAUCCGGGCUGCCCUCGCGGAUUCACCGCGCCCGGCAGGCUUCGAUCUACCGCUACUUUUGCGGCAGGUCCCGCCACGUUAGCGGCCCUGGGAGGCUGCUUCCCUUCCUCGAGUGAGUGCUGUGGUUUAAUGGGACUUUGUUCUAGUCAAUGAAUAUAGUGCAUACCUACGUUUGUGUUUUUGUGUAUAAGGUAAAUUAUUAUCUACUUGACUUUUGUCAAUAUUAAUUUUAAAUAGAUUUCAGUAGAAAGAAGUAAGAAACCUUCCUACAACGCUGUAGGUAUUAAGUUAGGAUUGUUAGGAAGUUAUUUUUAGGAGCCAGAAGAAUGACUGUUGAAAAUUAAUGUUCGUUUAGAUAGCCUAACUCGCUAAGUAUAACAUAGGAUUUAAAACACCAUAAACGAUAUACGACCCACAGUAUAUUUUAUUUGUUUUUUUUUUAUAUUUUGUUACUGUAUAUAUACAUGUU